AUGGAUGAUGAAAAGUCUAGUGUCCCUGAAGAAGAAAGUCAACAAUACUCAGAAAAACCUGGUUUGGCUGGUCCUAUGAACUGGUUCGUUUGCAUUCAGUUUAUUCUAAUGACUGGUUCAAAUACAGAACUUAGUAAACGUCGUUAUAUUGAUACUGAUAGAAUAGUAGAUUGGCUUUCAAUGAAUAAUACAGAUAUUGAUGACGAAAUAGAUCAAUUACAAGAAUUAGCUAAACAGUAUUUUCUGAAUUUGUAUAUUUGUAUUAUUAAUCAAAAUCAAAAAAGCUAUUACUAUAUGGAUGCUACAUCAGUAGAAGCAUCAACUUCAAUAGAAAGUGCUGAAGCUAGUAGUAUAGUUUCAAAUGAAUCAUCGAACAGUCAUGAAGAAGAUAUUCUGCCCAAUGUUCGAAUUUCUAUUGAACCAUCAUUACCAUGGAAUUUUCAAUCAACAACUUCUACCAAUACAGAUUCAUUACCAAACACAACAAAUAUUAUCCAACAAACAAUUAAAUUACCGAAACUGGUUUUACUUAAUCAACCAAAAAGAUUUUGGCACCAUCGUGAAUCAGCAACUUUGAGCAAUGGAUGCCCGGCAAUUCAAGUUGAGGGAGCUCCUCAACGUACAGCUCUUCUGUUAGGGGUAAAUUUAUAA